AUGCUCCGCGUUACGCUCGUCGCCAAGCGAGAACUAGAGCAGUACUUGGAACAAGAGGUAUACGAGCUCCAGAAGAACCUGGACGAUGCGGAAGCUGAGAAGGAGGAGGAGUUGCAAGGGCUGUUCUCGGGUGGGUGGUCUGCAUUCCUUGGGCCUGAUGAUGGGCCGUAUGAGGAGGAUUACUGGGCAUGA